AUGGAAGGACACGACGGCGACGACAUGAACGGCACCGGCUACAACGGCGACCAUGGCAUCGACGGCGCCGGCCACGGCAACGACGCGCGCACCAGGGAUUUCCUGGCGCCCUGUAAUCCCUGGGGCCAUGCCGGCGGUAGCGGCCUCUUCCCCGACGCGGCGCAAACCUUCUCAGGUUCAAGCAGAUUCAACCAGUCCCGGCUGGGGUUGGAGUCGCUGGAUCUCAACGGCGGCGAGGACUGGCCGCAGAUGCAGGCCUACGCGGGCUACAUUCGGGGGGACAACGAGGUCCCCCCCAUGGCUCCCACCCCCAUCCGCGUGACUUCCCGCAACACUGCCAUCGCCGGCGGAGGAACAUCCGUUGGAGGCGGCAUGGGUGGAACAUCCGUUGGAGGCGGCUUCGUCCCUCCUCUGUCUCCUCCAUGGGGAGGCGCGGGUGGCCGUCGUAGGGGCCGUAGUGCGCGUGUACGCGGGCCGGGGCCAGCCAUUCUUGAUGACAACUUCAAUCAGGACGACAACACUCACGCCCCGCGAGUCCCGGCUAUGAAACACAAGGCCAACUGGACUAUCCCGAACACUAAGAAGUUCUGUGACAUAUGGUGCCAUGAAAUUGCCAUUGGCAAUUGUACCAAGGGAGUCAUGAGCAAGACUGGGUGGAGGGACCUCAUAAGGAGGUACCAAGCAGCAACAGGUUUGGUCCAUGACAGGGAGCAGAUUGCUGGUAGGCUAAGGCAGCUCAAGGCUCAAUGGGCAUUCUAUAACAAGCUCCGCUACGCCUCUGGCUUAGGCCGUAGCGACGAUGGAACUAUUCAGGCCACUGAUGCAUGGUGGAAAGCAAAUACCAACGGGCAGUUUGAUUUGAUGAAGUUCAGGAAAGGUUUGCCUGAGUACUUAGAUCAAAUGGACAAAAUGUUUACUGGAAACACAGUAGAUGGCUCCACAUCUUUUGUUGCCGGUGAAAGUGGUACUAUUGAUUUGGAUGGUGGAAGCUCUGAUGAAGAGGCAGCAGAUGAAAUGGAAGACCAGCUGACCCCACUGAGCAUUGGCAACAAGAGGGCCAGCAGCACGAGCACCACUGCAUCCAGCCCACGCAAGAGGUCCAAGAGCCCAGCACUGAGGGCAAUGGACAACAACAUGAGGACACACAAUGAAAUUGCCAACCGUAGGCUCUGCCUGAUGGAGAGCAUGUUUGAGCACAGGAAGCAAGAGGACCACAAUUCAUGGGGCCUGUACAAGAUCAUCCACAAUGAAAGUGAUAUGGACUUCUUCCUUGCCAACGGCCCUGAAGAAAGGAUGAUCAUCAUCGAGCAAGCUACGCCGGUUGAUGUUGUAUCAGGAGCAGCAACCCAUUGUGUAGACCCUUGGGAUGUUUUCCAAGAGAUGAUGAUGGCUGAGUUAGAGGAUGCUGAAGAUGAUGAUGCUUUUAUCUAUGGUAUGUACCAGUAUGCCCUACACAUUGACAAGCAUUUAAAUAGGGCUGAGUAUAGGCAACCUGCCAUGACUGGUUUGGAAUGGGUACAGAGGAAGCUUGGGGAUAGCAAGGCCUAUUUUAGCAUGUUUAGAAUGAGCCCACCUAUGUUCCAUACACUGCAUGAUCUUUUAGUACACUCAUAUGGCCUGAAAUCUAGUGCUAAGUCCACCUCGGUUGAGGCUCUAGGGAUGUUUCUUUGGAUGCUUGGGGCACCACAAUCUUUUAGGCAAGCUGAGGACAGAUUUGAGAGGUCACUAGGGACUGUCUCCAACAUGUUAAACAAAGUUUUGAAGUGUAUGGUGAAGCUUGCUGCUGACAUUAUUAAGCCUGUCGACCCACAAUUUAGAACAAUACAUCCUAGACUGAGAAACCCUAGGAACAUUGUUCUUGUGCGAUUGAGUCUACAGAGGAUAUGA